UAAUGUUACCCUGCGGUCACUGAAGCGCAGAACGGGAGGGCGGAUCAUCAUCGUGGUGGCAGCUAAACUCGGAGACUCCCGACAAACUGUCAAAAAUAUUCAGCAAACGAACCAUGGCAGAGCUGGACCUGAGCCUGAGCGAUGCUCUGAUGGACAGUGUGCCCCAGGCUGGCCCGGAGGAUCUGGUGGAGAGGGACUUUGUGGCCCAGCUGGAGGCCGAGGCUUUUGACGACCAGGUGGGUGAGACUGUGGGCAAGACGGACUACAUCCCCCUGCUGGACAACGACGGGAACAGGGCAGAUGCCGACUCUGUGUUGGAGAAUGGCGAGCAGGACGCCCAAGGGGCACAAAAACCUGUUACUGCAGGUUCUAAAGUGACACCUGGGGGACAGAUAACAGCGUCACGCCCAGAACCACAGGGGGAAGUGCGGCCCAAUUCGUCAGAGCAGCAAGUCUUUGCAGCCCUCUCAGGCUCCAUGUCAGGCUUCCCUGAUCAUUGGAGCUCCCAGCGCAACAACCCGCCCCAGAUGAUGGACAGUGGACUGAUGGGAGAUUCUUCAGGUUUCUCCCAGCCUGCUAUGGGGAUGGUGAUGGGGAUAGCUCCACUAUCGACAGAGAGGCCUCCCAGCAUCGCAGAGCCCCAGAAGCCCCCACCUCAGGCAGCCAACCCAGCUAAGGACAUGUCUGCAGGUGCCCUGGGCGAUGGCUGGCCAGACGAGGCUUGCAUUCCCACCGACCUGCCAUUCACCCAAAGCGUCUCCACGGUGAUCAGUCGCCAUGCCAGCCACCUGGCGGCCAGCCCCGAGGACCGCCCUGACUCUGGCUGGCCCCACCGAGAGGCCUCGGCCGUGGGGGAGGAGAGGGAAAGCAACGAAGGAAACGACCGCAAACAACAGCAGAAGAAGAAGAAGAAAAGGAGGCCCCGGGAUGAUGUGUACGACCUGGUAGAGAACAGGGGCCAUCCGGAGACUCAGGCUGAAAACACACCCCUGUCAGAGGGCCACCACAGGGUCUCCCCCCGCAAGGACAGGGACAGGAUGGAUGGAGGCUGGGAGCGCGAAGAGCCAGGGAGAAGUGGAGGCAGGGGAAAGAGGGGCAAGAGCAGGAAGAAGCUUCCAGAAGAGUGGGGAGUCACAGCUGAGCCCUUCGUGCCCUCUUCUGCCUCCUCUGCCAAUGACCUCCCUGAAGGGCUCUCUGAAGGGGUGUUAGACCAACUAGUGCCCCCCAUCACCCAUUCCCAGCCCCUGGAGAUCCCCUACUCCAACAUGGGGCUGAGUCCUGCCAGUGAGGAGUUCUACGAGGGCCUCUUCCCUCCAUCUCUCACCCAGGACCUGCUCUCUCUCACAGCUCCCACCUCCCCUCCACCGGCCCUGGGCUGUGAGCUCCUGCCUACCGCCCCUGUCUCCAUGUCCACCAGUCAGGGAGACUUCUCGCCCAAGGGCACCUUCCCCAUGGCCUCACCUCCAGGAGACCCAUUCACUGCUAGCUACCAAGACCUGCUCAUGGAUACAGAGAACGCUAGCAUGGGCAAUGCCAAAGUGGCUUUCUCCACAACCUUUCCCCUAGAUUCCCCAGUUCAUGAGUCGGGUGUCAAGGUGGUGUUUGAUCAUGACACCCCCAUGCACGAUGUCCAUAUGAAAAAUGCCUUAAGUUUAAGCCCCACCCGGCAACCAGAUUGUGGCCUGUCCCCAUUGGAGAAGUUCAGUGAGCUCACAGCGACCGCUCCCCCUUUCUCCCCCUCCGACAGCUCCUGGCGCAUCAAUGACUCCAACUUCAACAACGACUCCUUUGAGUUCAGUGACAUCACUCCAGGGCGCCCACUACCUCUGGGCCUAGCCUUCGACACACCCAGCCCAGCCCCCCUCCGCUCCCCCAAAACCAUACCCGAAUAUCACCCCAGGGAGGGCAAAUCCCCAUCACAGAAUAUACCCAUGAAGUCCCCCCCCUCCUCCUCCUCUUCCACCAAAAGCCCCACCUCCCCGGGGUCUGGUCUGAACCCCGCUGCCAAGCCCUUCUUCCCCAGCUUUGCCGAACUCACGGAGCCCCAGGUGGUGGUGGCCCCCAUGUCUGAAGUCAAAUCAGAGAAGAUGGACAAACCAGAGAAAGAGGAGACGAUGGACCACUUUGAGAAGUUGGACCAAUUUGACAUGUUGGAUAAGCUAGAUAAAGUGGAGAAGAAGGAUUCGACUGGGAAAACUGAGGCGUCAGUGAAGGUGGCGUAUGCAGGACCACUGGACAAAGGAGAGAAGAUGGAUAAAAUGGACAAGGCAGAGAAAACGGAAAAGCUGGAGCUGGCAGAAAAGGUAGACAAAGAAGAAAACCGGGAGAAGGUGGAUAAAAUGGAUAAGGGUGACAACACAGACAAGGUAGAGAAGACAGACAAAGUAGAGAAGAUGGACAAGGUUGAAAAGCCUGAGGAGACAGAAAAGAAUAUUGAAAAAGUGGAGAAGACCCCAGAGAAACCGGAGACAGCGGUGAAGAUGGACACAUUUGACAAGAUGGAAACACAGCCUGACAAGAUGGAAACACAGCCUGACAAGAUGGAAACACAGCCUGACAAGGAGAAGACAGACCAUGUUGGAAAGGUAACAGUAACAGCUGAGAAAGAAACAGAAAACGUUGAGAAGCCCAAAGACAAUGUUGAGAAGCCCAAAGACAAUGUUGAGAAGCCCACAGACAAUGUUGAGAAGCCCACAGACAACGUUGAGAAGCCCACAGACAACGUUGAGAAGCACACAGACAACGUUGAGAAGCCCACAGACAACGUUGAGAAGCCCACAGACAACGUUGAGAAGCCCACAGACAACGUUGAGAAGCCCACAUACAACGUGGAAAAGGAGGAUAAGAAGCCAGAGAAAACAGAGCUGGCUGAGAAAUUAAACAAGCAGGUUAAGGUGGAGAAAUCUGAGAAAAAAGAGCUGAAAAGUCCUGAGAAAAAGACGGACAAGAAAUCAGAGACUGCUGAUAAGGCCAAAAAACCUGCAAGUAAACCCUCGACCAAUGGGAGCAGUGCCGCACCAAGCAAGGACCUGCCCAGUCCAGACAAGAAGACCAAGCCUGUCGCCGGGGCAACCAAACUGAGCGCCGCUAAGCCGCGGCCGAGCUCGGCAGCAUCCGCUGGUGCUGCCGCCCCCAAACGCCCCACCCCUUCCUCCACCUCCACCACCACCUCAGCCACCCUCCUCAACAAAAAAACGCCCGUGCCCAAGGCCCCUACCCCCACUGCUGGCCCCAAGCGGCCUUCGUCCACAGUCAGCCGACCCACAUCCGCAGCCACCGCCUCCACCACUGCGCCACGUGAGGUCAAGCCCAAGAUGACCACAGAGAGGCGUCCUCUAGUGCCAAAGGCCACCGCCGCCUCCACGGCUCGAACUGCUGCCCCCAAAAACGGCACUGCCACCACGGCAACCACGGCAACCAGUAAACCAGCCACGGCGACCCGCACGCCCCUCGCAUCCCGCACUGCCGGCAGCGCACCCGCAACCAGACGCCCUCUGGCAUCAAAGACUGACAGCAAGCCAGGAGAGGACAAGAAGCCCAGCACCCUGAAGUCAACAACAGCAGACUCCACCCGGCCCCGGACCAGCACCACCCGCAGCUCUAUAGCUAGCACCACCAGCGCCACCCCCCGUGUUCGCCCCUCCACCACCAAACCUGCCCCCUCCUCCUCCACAGUAUCAGAGAAGAAGCCGUCUGUGCCCCGCGUCCCCCGUCCCACCUCCACCACGGGCAGUGCCAACGCCACGCGCACCACCUCCCGCCCAGGCACAGCCCCCGCACCAGACAUUCGCAAUGUGCGCUCCAAGAUCGGCUCCACGGACAACAUGAAGUACCAGCCCGGAGGGGGGAAGGUCUCUGGCAGGAGCGACGCCCUGGCCAAAGGCUCCUCCUCCAAAGAGACCAGCGAGGCCAAAGUUCAGAUAGUCUCCAAAAAGCUGGACUUCAGCCACGUCACCUCACGCUUGGGUUCCAAGGACAAUAUCAAGCAUGUUCCUGGUGGAGGGAAGGUACAGAUACUCAACAAGAAGGUGGAUCUAAGCAAAGUGACAUCGAAGUGUGGCUCCAAGGCCAACAUCAAACACAAGCCUGGGGGCGGCGAUGUGAAGACCGAGUCCCAGAAAGUGAACUACAAGGAUCAGGCUAAGUCCAAAGUGGGCUCAAUGGACAACCUCUGUCACGAGCCCGGCGGUGGCAACAUCAAGGCUGAGGGAGCCCAGGAGAUGGCAGAAGAAAAUGGGGCUCGCUCCAGUGAUGCCUCAGCCAAGGUGCCAGGGCAGGCAAGCAGCCCCGCCCAGGAGAACGGAGUGAAGGAGGGUGCCCCUUGCGGAAGCCAGGGCAUCCAUGACCCCCAGGGCUUUGACUCGCGCAUCCCUGAGACAAAUUGAGUCUUUCAAGCUCAACUUCCGCGAGAACGCCCGCUCUCGCACGGACCACGGCGCCGACAUCAUAACCUGGCCAGCCCCGGGAGACAACCCCUCACACCCACAACGCAGCAUCUCUCUCAACGACUCCCUGACUUCUGCUGGCUACCCCCGCUAGCAGGACUCAGGUCAUGACCCUCAAUCCCACAUCCAAACACCUCACUCAUGUAUCAUUCUCUUACUACGCCUAAACCUGCGCUUACCUACCUACUGCUGUCCUGUGUUCCCAUUGGAUGAGCUGACAUUGUACAUACAGUAGACCAAGCUUCAAGCAGGUUGGGAUAACAUUGGGAGGGGAACGGCUUGCCAUGUUAACUGUGAAGUCUAAUUCAUGUUUCCUCACCUCUCCAAGAGCAUAACAUGGCAGUUGCAGCGUACAGUAGCAAAAAAUCAGUCUUAUCCAGUAUUACAGUACGUCCUAGUGCCGUUUUAGUGAGAGUAAUCUACCAGGCAUCGCCAGCCCUGAACACACCUGUUUGGUUCACAUAGACACCCCCAAUGGGAAACCUUCCUAGACUCACCUGUAGGUUAUGUACGCAGACUAAUAUGUGUGUAGAGCCCUUUUACUUGUGAGCAUGUAGGGCUGUGGUGUGUUCCCAAUAACCAUUGAUUAAUUUACUCACUAUUCACCAACCAUCCACUCACUCACUGCCUCACCUCCCUCCUCUCUCAUAUCCAUGUACCCAGAGUCCAGACCCCUCUUUUUCACUGUCCAAGGGUUAAAUAUUUUUUUUUUUUAAAGAGCACUCACAAAAUAUUAGUAAACUAGUAGACUGUAGGCUAUUUAACUCUCUUUAAAUUGUGUGUUUGUGAUGGUGUUUGAUUGAAUAAUACUGUAACAAUGCGCUGUGGCGUUCUGUUUACUUUUACAUUAGUUUAUUUUCCUCAUCAGCUUAGUUUUAAGGUUUGUUUCAUUGUUUUCUUCUUUCGUUUUAUUUCUCGUGUAAGCAAUACGGUGGAUGGUCUCUUUACCAACAGGGCUCAGAAAUCCUCUUGAAUACACACACGUAUAUUUUUCUCGAAACAAAGGCACACAGUCAUGAAGAUGCGACUCCGUUUAGGGCUUUGGGUGUGACAAGGGAGAUGAAGACGAAGACAGAUGAAAAGGGAGACAGCGAACACUGAGGCGUAGUGACGUAAAAAUGUGUCCCCUUCAGUGUGUUAAGACAACAAUGUGAUGUGUCAGAAUAGUGCUGUCUAGGAAAGUUCAAGAGAGUAAUAGAAUGUUAAGAUGAAUUAUGUGAAGGAAAGUGUCUCGGAGGUUGGUGGAGCGAUGUGUCUUGUACUGUACGUGCCUCCUGUCCUGCUUACCUGAAACUGGGAUGGGACUCGGGCUGGAAGCUCAAGCUGAUGGACCCUUGUCCCUGGAGUGACACAGACAGACAGAAUGUCAUAGUUGAAAAUGAAACCGCAUGGUGGCACUGUAGUUUGAUUAGGAUUUAGAAUAAUCGUAUUUUGUGACCAGUUCUGCUUGUUGUCCCAUUUCAGCUGUUUUCUGAGGGUUCUGGUAAAGUGUUAUUGACAGUUAUAAGAGGUUCUGCUGAAGGACUUGUUGGAACAUUAUUAGAGGUUCUGCUGAAGGACUUGUUUUUGUCAGGCUGUUGGCAGUGGAACAUUCAAUGUGGCUUAUUUUACUUGUAGCAAUGUAUCCAACAAUUGCCUCCAAUUGCCUUUUUAGUGCAUGGCCAGGUAAUAUCAUGCCCAGAGCAGAAAGCCUAUGUGCAUUAUUACUUGCAGUGUUGUGGUUCAGUAUAUUUGUCCUUGGGGGCAAAUAGUCGGUGUUGUAUAUUCUUUUUUUUUAACAGUGGGCAGGAAGAAAAUUGGGGGCUGUCAAUUUGAUUCUAAAUUCUAUUGCAGUUUGGUAUAUUAUAUAAUUCAGCUAUAAGUUCGUCAUGUUUUUUAAAUGUGUUGAGCUCAAAAUAAGGACAGUACACCAGGUACUCUUUUUGAGGAAUGAUUCCCCCCUAAUUCACAUCAAGAUGUAGGCCUACUUUAAUAUCCUCUUAAAUCAGAGAUAUGGAAACUAUUAAAAUGACCUUAAAUUCUUGAAAAUAUUAAAGAGGGUUCACUGUGAUGGUAAUGUGUAUUUGAUGAAAGGUAAAGCUAUCUCUCCACACACUGAUUUACUCCCAUUUUGUUCCUAGGAUAUCCAUGAAAUAUUGUUUAAAAGAGGUUAUAAUAAUGUUUUUAAAUUAAUCACAAUCUAUUGAGAUGUGUGGAAUAGGUUUAAUACCCAGAGACAAUAAAAGUCCAUUUAAAUGUUUUAAUAAAAUGGUCACUACAUUUUAUUGUUAUCAACAAGAUGUUAUUUUAGAAUUGGAGAGGUUUGUAGAUAUUGAUAUUUGAGCGGUUUUGUAGUACAGCAGUGACUGUUGUAAGAGGAACGGCUGCUGAGGUGGAUCGUAGUAUCACCUCUGGUGCCACGAUCCUCAUCUGAUAGUGAAAUGUCAAUAUUACCCCUGAUCCUGACUUACCACACUGACUGGGAUGUUCUCUCUGAGAUUGCACACGGUUGUAUAUAAAUAGAUAUUUUACUGUUUUAUACACUUUCGCCACAGGAAGAAAAGACGAUAUGAAAACAACAAUGAUGGUAAUAAGGAUGUUAAGUACAGCUUUUAUGUUAAUGUCUUUAACAGUUUUAAUAGUACGGGGUAUCAUUAUUGUUAUUGAGCAAGUCUGCCUUUUUUUACAAGAAAAGGGCAGCUGAAGUGGAAGAAUGUUAUUGAGAUAUAAUGUUCUAUAGAUGCAACACUUUUGUAUUUAUCUUGUGUUCCCAUAGCGACAUGGUGGUUGGGUCAGUGGGGAGUGUUUGAGGGGUUAUACGCAUGGGAGGCAUAAUGAGGUCUGGUCCAGUUUGUGGAUUGCUGUCUAUUGAACAGUGUUUCUUUCACAAAUUGUAAGAGUUUUGUUAACUUUCACAUAACCUUUGUCCAUCCCCACAACCCCAGUCUUAAGAAAUGAAAAUACUCUUAUUUACAGGUAGACCUUCAGAUGUGAUUUUGACAUUGUAGGAUACAGUGACCUUCUUGCGUUGAUUUGAAAACAAGAUACGUGUAACCUGGAAGGGAUUGAAACUAAUGUGUAGAAUUGCACUGUAUAACAUGCCAUUGUGGUGCAGGGCUUCCUGUUAAAGCAGGAAGUGGGAUUAGAAGUCAGGUCAUAUCUGUCAUUUAGGAAUAUUGUUGCCCUUGCCCUACACGCACGCACACACAGAAACACACACACACACUCUGUCCUGGAGUGUCAUGGAGACGUCCGCGCCCUAACACACCCUUAUGUAAGACUAACAGUAGUUGUCAGGUUUGGCUUGUGUUAGAGCUCUCCAGUAAUGCUACAAUGAGCUCCAUAGAUCUGCUUCUACCGCUAGCGCACACCCAAUGUGCAAGUGUACUCAUAGAAAACACCUAUUUAAGAGCAUGCAGAAACAAAUGGAAUGUGUUCAGUAGACUUAUGUCAUUUGCAGAAUUUGUCAUUUGCAGAAUUUGUUUUUUUGUUUUUCAUUCAUUUUGAAUUUACAUUUUUGGUUUGAAAGAAGUGUUUAUUGUGAUUAAUUGUUAAUUAGUGAUGUGAUUAUUAAACAUUAAAAAAAAAAAUGUUUAA